AUGGAAUCCAUAACUAUCGCGAGACCAUUUACAGGCAUAUAUCUAUGGCCGCACUUCAGCAAAGCAUUUGAGUUCAUCGCUGGCUACCCUGCUGACAACUUUGAGUUCGUUGUGGGCCAGACCCCAUUGUCCACGUUCAAGGAAACCUUCCUUUUCGUGGUAUUCUACUACGUGAUCAUCUUUGGUGGCCGCGAACUCAUGCGAGACCGAACGCCUUUCCAGCUCUCGUCCUUGUUUUUGGCGCACAAUUUCUGUUUAGCGGCCAUCAGCGGUGUUCUGCUCGCUCUUUACAUAGAGGCUAUUGUUCCUACGCUAAUCCGCAAAGGCGUGUUAUUCGCUAUAUGCGAUAUUGAUGGCGGAUGGACGCAGCAUUUGGUUGUCUUGUACUAUUUGACUUUAUUAACCAAAUACCUCGAAUUUCUCGACACUGUAUUCCUCAUCCUCAAGAAAAGACCCUUGACAUUCCUGCACUGCUACCACCACGGCGCAACCGCGGUCCUCUGUUACACGCAAUUAAUCGGCCACACCGCCGUGUCAUGGGUCGUUAUCACCCUUAACCUUGUUGUCCACAUCGUCAUGUACUGGUACUACUUCCAGAGCACGCGCAGUAUCCGUGUUUGGUGGAAAGAAUGGGUCACUCGGCUUCAAGUGAUACAGUUCAUGAUCGACCUUGGAUUCGUCUAUUUUGCGUCCUAUACAUAUUUCGCCUCGACAUAUUUUCCCUGGAUGCCCCAUAUGGGUUCGUGUGCGGGCGAGGAGUUCGCGGCUUUGAUUGGCAUUGGCGUUCUGACUUCGUAUCUGGUGCUGUUUAUUGGAUUCUACUUUGCGACGUAUAGAAAAGGUGUGAGGCCGCGUAGUUCGCGCGGAACUCUUCGUCGCAUGUCUCAAGCUGAAGCUAUUACCUCUAGCGGUGUCGAAGCUACUAAGCUUGCAAAGGGCAAUCUCUCGAUGAGAGCUCGGGAGAUGUAAGUGCAAAGUGAUGGUUGUCCCGUUUCAAUAUAGGGAGAUGAUUUGAAAUUUUGGGACUGGCAUGAUAGGCUGCACGCAUAACCCCACUUUCUCGUAUGGAAGUAUGUAUAUACUAGACGCAUCCUUGCCGCUGUUU